AUGGUCGAUUUGAGUGCUCUUAAGAAGCCAGAUGCCAAGAGAUUCCAAAAGAAAAAUGAUAUCAGACCCUUUGAAGAUGCUGCUUCGCUGGAGUUUUUGUCUAACAAGAACGAUGCGUCGUUAUUGGUGCUAGGUACUAGUAAUAAAAAGAGACCCAACAACCUGACAUUUGCCAGAACUUUCAACCACCAAAUCUACGAUAUGAUUGAGCUUCGUUUGGAGUCUUUCAAGUUUCUUAAGGAUUUCCGCAAGCAAACCUUCAGCGUGGGUAUGAAGCCCAUGAUGGCGUUCAACGGUCCCUUAUUCGACACUCAUCCCACUUACAAGCAUAUCAAGUCGUUGUUCCUUGACUUUUUCAGAGGUCAGGUUCUCGAGUCUCUUGACGUGGCUGGUUUACAACACGUCAUUUCGAUUUCUGCAGCCGAACUAGAGGAGAACAAGCCUCUGCCUGCCGUCUAUUUCAGAGUUUAUCUCGUAAAGUCAUACAAGAGUUCGUCCGGUCCAAAAAUGCCUCGAAUCGAGCUCGAUGAAGUUGGGCCUCGUUUUGAUUUCCGCAUCGGCCGUGUCCAAACUGCCGACCCUGAGAUGGAGAAGGAGGCUCUCAAGAAGCCCAAGCAGCUCGAGGCUAAGACUAAGAAGAAUAUCGAAACUGAUAUCCUCGGUGAUAAGGUCGGCCGUAUCCACGUUGGCAAGCAGGAACUUGGCAAAUUGCAAACCAGAAAGAUGAAGGGUCUCAAGAAGAAGUAUGACCAAGACAAAGAAGAGUCGGAUUUCAGUGAUGAUGGCGAGCACGAUGCUAUUUUGGACGAGAUCAUCCAAGAGGUUCCCAGCAAAAAGCAGAGAGUCAACUAA